GCGCAUGCGCGGGGGGAGGGGGCUUGCGAAUGUAUGUAUAUAUGCAUGUAUAUGGGGAGGGGGCGUACGCUUUCUCCCUUUGCACCAAGACUCGGCUUUCUUUGCGGCAAGAUCGUGGCUGAAAUUCCCGAUGUGAUGUUAAAGUUAAGGGAGAUGGUGGCUCUGAGCAUGUGCAGAAUGCUGCUCGAAGAAGUAGUAGGGAGGCACCCCCUAUGCAUAUCCCCUCUAUAUGGAACCGUUCUGUGUGUGUGCAUGUGAAUUUUUUUGGCUCCAGGGCUCCACCGCAGAAUGGUUCGUCAUACCAAAAUCCAGCUCUAAGCAGGCUUUGUGAAGUUAAGGGGGAUAGAAAGGAUGUAGGGCUUCCAAACUCCCUUUCCUGCAGAGCAAGUAACUUGCUGAGUGAUGAAGAAAACAAGAAACUUUUUGGGAAAUGCAAUAACGCCAAUGGACAUGGGCACAACUACAAAGUGGAAGUAACUGUACGUGGAGAGAUUGAUCCUACUACUGGGAUGGUGAUCAACCUCACAGAUCUGAAAGACUACAUGGAGGAAGCUAUCAUGGAGCCUCUCGAUCACAAGAAUCUGGAUAAAGAUGUUCCCUACUUUGCUGAAGUCGUAAGCACUACAGAGAAUGUUGCCGUGUACAUUUGGGAAAACCUCCAGAAGCACCUUCCUAAGGGGACUCUUUAUAAAGUCAAAGUGUAUGAAACAGACAAGAACGUUGUUGUUUACAAGGGAGAGGGGACCAUUCCGGAGAAAUGAAGAUGCCUUUGUCUUGAUGCCUUUGAUCUAGUGCUGGUGAAAGAACCCAAUCAACCGGAAGAUUAAUGAGCUUUAACUGCUAAGUGUAGCCAUGAGAAUGUAUCUUAUUUGUUAAAGAUAUGCUAUAACAGAAAGACAGCAAGGCUUUUGUGAAGGAAGUGAAUCUUUUGUGCAGUUCUGUGCUGUUGAAAUUUGUUGCUGUCUUGAUGUGUCAAAGUGUCCUCUAUUUUUCUAGAUACAGUGGUACCUCGGGUUACAGACGCUUCAGUUUACAGACUCCGCUAACCCAGAAAUAGUACCUCGGGUUAAGAACUUUGCUUCAGGAUGAGAACAGAAAUCGUGCAGCGGCGGUGUGGCAGCAGCGGGAGGCCCCAUUAGCUAAAGUGGUACCUCAGGUUAAGAACAGUUUCAGGUUAAGAACAGACCUCCAGAACGAAUUAAGUUCUUAACCCAAGGUAUCACUGUAGCAAGAAAGAUGUAGUUUCUCUGCCCUUUUGUAUCUGUUUCCGUUUACAUGGCACAAGAGAGGAGUCACACCAAUUCAAAAUCCUGAGUACUUACUCCAUCUGGCAGCAGCUUUUCAUGGUCUAAGGCAGAGAAGGUGUUUCACUGAUCCCAUUAUUUCAGUGGUGGAGGGACCUCCAGCCCACAGGCCUCAUUAGACCUGGAACAGAUCCCAUGUUUGGUCUGCAAGGCCAUUUCCCCCAAAUCAGAGGCACCCUUCCCCCAUUUGAUGGAAUAUGUGGCACCAUGCGUCCGGCAGUUAAAGACUUUACUCCAAAGGAACAAUUGGGGUACUUAAUGUGAGCUCCCAAUUGCUCCUUGACAAGUGGGGCUCGCUGACAGCUGAGUAGCACUGAUAGAGAUCCUCAAUGGGAUUGACUGCACCAGGCCGUUCCCCAUUGGGAGCUCCCUAGUGCAGCUUGGGGCCUUAUUGAUAGCUGGAGAUGCCAUGGAUUGAACUUGGGACCUACAUAGAAAGCAUGUCCUCUCUUGUUGAGUUGGCCGCGGUCUUUUCCCUUUACUCCUAUCAGGGUCCCCAGUUCAGAUCUCACUUCUGCCAUGAAUUUAGGCUAUGUUCACACACCACUUAUCGAAUUGAUGGAGACCGAGCACUUGGGUUUUCUACGUAGUCCACACACAAUCUAGCUCUGUUGCAUAUUUUUUUUGCCCCUGAAAAACACCAAUUUAGAAAACUGGUUUUAUUCCAAAAAUAAAAGGUCGUUGCAGAUUGA